AUGGCGCCGGACGGCGACGACGAGGCGAAGGUGCCGCUCGCCGUGGAGCUGGCCCCGGCGCAGGCCGACGGCGACAGGUCGCCGGCGCGCGGGGGCUCGUCGUCGCCCGGGCGGGGCAGCCCGAGCCGCUACGUGGGCGGCCUGUCGGCCGUGAGCGAGGAGGAGCCCCGCGACGAGGACGCGGAGAUCGCGACGUUCCUCAAGAAGCAGGCGAGCCGGCUCCACGGCAUGCAGUCGCCGCGCCACUCCAAGGAGCGCGGCUCGCCGAUCCUGUCGCCGGACGAGAUCGAGAUGCACCUGCACGGCGCGGUCUCGGAGCUCCUGCGCGUGGAGCCCGCGAGCGGCGCGGCGUCGCCCGCGUCGUCGCUGGGCGGCUCGCGAAGCGCGAGCUCGAGCGCCGCGGCGCGCCGCCGGACCGUCGCCGACGCCAUCAACCAGCUCAAGUGCGAGUCCGGCGAGUUCGACGGGCCCGCGCCCGCGGAGAAGACCGCGCGCUUCGCGCCGGAGCGGCUCCGGAGCGGCAGCGGCGGCACCGUGCCGCCGAUCCUCGCGCGGUCGCGGAGCAACGACGUCGCCUACGACCACCACGGCAAGGCGAAAGAAGAAGACGGCGACGACGAGCGGCCCGCUCCGACGAGCGGCUGGCUCACGCCGCGGGGCCUGCUCCGGGACCGGUCCCUGCGCCACGGCCUCGCGCGCAAGCUCUGGGGCACGGCC